UUUAGCUCAAUCUCAGAUUUGUGUGCUCACAGUUUAUAGCUAUAGAAAGACUUAGAGUUAAAAUUCUCUGGUAACUUAAAACUUGUGCAGUAUCUAUAAUUAUAUAUUUAUAUGCUAGCUAUAUUAUUAUAGAGCAUCGAGUUCAGUAGUGAAAUCUAAUAAGAGAGAAUGGGCAAUAUUUGUGUAUCUGACAGCAGUGCUGCUGAAGAGCCCAAGCAGAAGGAGGAAGCAGCUCAAUCUGCAGAAGGGGUGGAGGUGCAAAUAAACGUUGUGGUCGAUGCUCAAACUGAAGAAACAACUACAGAAGGGAAAACAGAAGACAAAAAAGAAGAUGGUACUGAGAACAAAACUGAUGAACAACCAGCAGCAGAAUCUGAUAAACCUCAAUCUGAAGAGACUCCUGCCAAGGAAGAUGAAAAAGCACCAUCUGAAUCAAGAGAGCAGAAAUCUGAAGAUACCGCAACACCAGAGACACAAAACAACACUGAAGAAGAAACCACCAAAGACUCCACUACAGAAGAAUCAACACCUGUGGAAACUGUACAACCACCAUCUGAACCCGUCGAAGAACCAGUGAAGGACCCGGAACCUGAAGUACAACCUGUCGCAGAACCGGAGCCUGAACCACAACCUAUUGCCGGGCCGGAAGCACCUGUUUCUCAACCAGCAGAACCAGAGCCUGUCACAGAAACUGAAUCCGAACCUGAAGCUAUUACAAAAGAGCCCGAGCCAAUCGUAGAACCAGAAGCCGAGCCACAACCUGCAGAAGAAGAAAAAUCUGAUCCUGUGGCCGAGCCAGAAACUGAGCAACAACCCACAGAGCCGGAACCAGAAUCAGAGCCACAAACUGUCCCAGAAGAAAAAUCAGACUCACAACCCACAGAACCAGAAGCAGAGCCUGAACCUCAACCCGAAGCAGAGCCUGAGUCUGAACCUCAACCAGAAGCAGAGCCUGAGCCUGAACCUCAACCAGAAUCAGAGCCGGAGCCUGAGCCUCAACCAGAAGCAGAGCCUGAACCUCAACCAGAAGCAGAACCUGAGCCUGAACCUCAACCCGAAGCAGAGCCUGAGCCUGAACCUCAACCCGAAGCAGAGCCUGAGCCAGAACCCUCAACAUCAGAACCAACAACAGAAGAUGCUCCUGCUGAAACAAAUGAGCUCACGGAAGAGGAGGCAGCCAUUGUAGCAGCAGCCGUGAAGGUGGUGGAGCAAGAGGAUAAGCCCACAGAUGAACAGACUACACAAGACGGGGAAGACUAAUUUGUGAGCUUUAUUUAUUUUAGAUGUACAAUUAAGUAGUUUUUCUUCCAAUUGUCAUGAUUGUUGCUAUGCAAAUGUCAUUACAUUUUUUUGUGCAAGGCACUAAGCAACAGUAUUGUGUAAAUUAGAUGAUCAUUGUCAAAUUAAUUAUCAA